AUGGCAGACACAUGCGACCAACCAUCGGAUGCCGAUGCCGAGAAGCACCACAAAAGCGAACUCGAGGCUGAGGCCAUACAGGAAGCCAUCGAGGUUGGCAGCAGCCAUGACGGAGAUCCCGAAAACGAUGACAGUUACGACGUCGAGAAAGCCUCAACAACGCACAGCAAGACUAAACAUGAUCCGGCAACGCCAGUAGUAACAGCACAAGACUGGACCAGACCGGACGACCCAGGGAAUCCUCACAACUGGAGUCGAUGGAAGAAAGCACGCCACUUCUGGCCAGUCGCCUUCUUAGGCUUUGCGUGCACAACUGGGAGCUCGAUCAUCUCGCCGGCGAAUCAAGACCUACAGCAAGAUUUUGACAUAUCCCGUACAGCUGCCAUUGUUCCGCUCAGCGUAUUUGUUAUUGGUCUGGGAUUAGGACCGAUGAUCGCGGCUCCUCUGAGCGAAGUUUAUGGACGCUCACUGGUAUAUAAGAUCAUAGCGCCAGUCUAUGUCCUGUUCCUGAUGGGCUCUGGUCUCUCGCAAUCAUUCGCCAGUCUGAUUGUGUGCCGACUCUUUGCCGGACUAUCCUCUGGUCCAGUACUUGCUAUUGGAAGUGGAACCAAUGCCGACCUUUUCGUUCCAAAGGAUCGAGCUUUCACGACUGCCAUGUUCAUCAUGAUGCCAUUCCUUGGACCGGCCUUUGGCCCUGUAAUCGGCGGUUUCGCGGCGUACUAUCGGGGCUGGCGGUGGACAAUGUGGAGCGAGACCUACAAGAAGAUCAUCCUACAGAAACGCGCGAAGAAGCUUGGUCUCCCGCCUCCGCCUGGUCCGAAGAUCUUGAGCGUGGAAUAUUUCAAGACGCUGGUCACGGUCACGCUCGUUCGCCCGGUCACCAUGCUGGUCUCAGAGCCCAUUGUGCUGCUGUUUGGCAUGUACACGGCGUUCCAGUUUAGCAUCUUGUUCGGAUACUUCGCAGCCUACCCGUAUACGUUCACAACGGUCUACGGCUUCAACACAUGGCAAUACGGACUGACUUUCCUCGGUAUCGGCGUGGGAGUCUUCUGCGCCGUGGCCACUUGCAUUCUUUGCGACAGGUUCGUGUACCAGAAGAAACACUACAUGGCCGUGAAAGAGGGCAGAGCUAUAGUGGAUCCUGAACACCGUCUUUAUGCGGCGAUGAUAGGCGCGUUUUGCACGCCCAUAGGCCUUUUCUGGUUUGCCUGGACCGCGAGGAGCGACAUUCACUGGAUCUCUCCCGUUCUUGCAGGCAUUCCCUUCGCGCUGGGAAACCUCUCACUGUUCAUCUCAGCGGCGCUGUACACGAUCGACGUUUACGGUCCAUUGAACGGUGCCUCAGCCAUGGCGGCGAAUGGGCUGCUACGAUACGUGCUCGGCGGCUGUUUCCCGCUGUUCACUUUCCAGAUGUACCAAAAUCUGACCAUAAAAUGGGCGACGUCGAUGCUGGGGUUCAUAUGUGUGGCUAUGAUGCCCAUACCUUUCAUCUUCUUCAAGUAUGGACCGGUGAUUCGGACGAGGAGUCGCUAUGCGCCGGUGUCCUGA